AUGUCGUCCAGUCAAAACCAUCUGCGACUGCUCUCACUCAUCACCGUUGUACUCUAUGUGACUCUCUGUCGUCCCGCCUUGUGCGCCUCGGUAAAAACAGCAGCGGAGGGGAGGAAUCAUAAAAAACGUUCACCACUGCAGAAGUGGCUCCACUCAGAGUGGACAAGAAAACACGAAGUUCCGCUUCACUGGUUCGUAAGGCAGCGUCGACCAACUGGCAACACAACGAGUCGCACGGUAAAAUCUUAUGUCGGAACGCGCGCCAGUAUGCAUUUGCCUAUUGAAGGAAUGAUAGGACAGACGGCGGAUCAUCGGUCUUCCUUGGUACCACAUGACGGUCGAUACGUUGUGGCUCGGUUUGAUAAGCUGCGUCACCAUGAGCGCCGGAUAGCCCGACAGGCGCUGGCGGAACACAGUUUAGGUGACGCACAUCACAUUGACGACAUGCAUAUGCUAGUUUAUAUGGAUUCCGAGCGUUCCGCACGGAUCCUUUCCGCCUUUGAAGCUAGUGGCGCCGCGGCGUCACUAACCUCCAUGUCAGUAUUGGAUAUUUUCUCUUCUCCAGGUGUGGCCCGCAUGAAACUGUCACGCGUGAUCCGCGGUGCAUUGGUUGAGUGCGGAAAUAAGAACCAGGUUACCUCAGAAAAGAACCAGAUGCGAGUCUCGCUUAAUACCCGCACUGCUCCUAAUCGAGAGCACGUUGUGGAGGAGGCGCUGCGGGGAGUGUCGUUAGACGAAGUUUCGGGUUGCAAGUGGGAGGUGACAUCAUUAGUUUCUGGUAAAGGGAUUGUACGGUGGUCGCUUACCCGCGCCUCAACUGAUUCGGGGGAUGGGCCGGUCACUGGGCAGAAGAUCACGCUUAUGUGCGCUUGUGCACCACUCCUUGACGCGGUGGUUGGCCAUCAGGCGGUGCGCUGGAUGGAAAUUGCAGUAGAGCAGGCGCAAAUGCACAACUAUCAUGCCACUGCCCUUUUACAGCAAAGUAGACAGAGUGAGGAUCAUCCUUCAAGGCCCUUGUGGGAUGCUGGUAUUGACGGUAGUGGUGAGAUAAUAGGGGUAGCCGAUACGGGUAUCGACUUUAACAGCUGUUUCUUCCACGAUCCAAAUCAAGAGGUGGCGCUUUACCCGAAGGUUAACUAUAACCACCGCAAAAUCGUGUCAUUUGCCCCGUGUGACUUCAUCCGGGGGGAUUACUUUGCUGGGGAUGAGGAAAUAGGUCAUGGCACGCACGUGGCAGGUACCGCAGCGGGGAGUGUUAUUAGUAACGACGGUAAUGCCAAGUAUAAUGGUGUCGCCAAGGGGGCGAAGAUUUUCUUCAGGGGGUUGGGCUGCCCAUCCCAGUCAGAGCUUGUCCUCCCCCACGACGUUACUCAAAUUAUUCGUCCCGGAUAUGGCGCUGGAGCCCGUGUGUUCUCAAACUCGUGGGGUUUUGUUGCUCCCUCCGAGUAUUCUGCUGUGGAAAAGGAUAUGGAUGAGUUUGCGAGUAGUUAUGACGAUGCGCUACUUAUCUUCUCCACUGGCAACAGUAUCCAAGAUGGCCUAAUGACUCCGUGUCGUGGUAAGAACGUGAUGUGCGUGGGGUCACACAAAAACGUGUUUGACGCUUCGAAAGACAUUGUUUCUUCGUUUUCUUCGCAUGGUCCAACAUACGACGGUAGGAUGAAACCCGAUCUUGUCGGUCCCGGGGAAGAGGUGGUGUCUGCUCUUUCCUCUGGCAAAGCAUCAGCAAAACAAUGUAAAGUGGUGGCCAAGCGGGGUUCAUCGAUGGCAACUGCGGCCGUCGCGGGCGCCGCUACACUGUUGCGUCAGUAUGUACGGAGGCUAAAUCGAACUGCUUCACCUUCUGCUGCUUUGCUGAAAGCUCUGAUGGUCCACUCUACGGUGCCGUUGAGUAACUCCACCGUGAGUGGCUUUGGCCGUCUUGAUUUAUCUCUCUUCUUUUCCCCAACGGGCACAAGGGGAUGGUUCCGCGACAGAGAAGAUAUCAGCCACCACGGAACAAAUGUGUACUGCUUUAAGAAGAAGGCAGAUCAAACUGACUCUCAGCGCUCCGUGCGGGUAUCACUUGCGUGGACUGACCGAGGCGUUGCUCUCGAAGGCGCUCGCAAAUCGCUCGUGAACGAUUUGGAUCUUUUUGUCACUGACUCUAAAGGGACUAUUUACCACGCCGGAGGGGAAAAGAGACGUGAUUCUUCUAAUGUGGUAGAGCGAAUACAGUUGAUGUCUACGAGCGACAUGGACAAUGGGUUCCGUGUUGUCGUCUUUGGGGCUUCCAUUCCCGAUAAUAAGACACAACCGUACGCUGUCGUUGUGUCUGCCGAGGGCUUUGAACAUGUUAGGAACUGUGAAGAAGUUAGCCACACCUGCCCGAACGGUUGUAGUGGCCACGGGACCUGCAACAGCGGCACAUGCAGGUGUAAUGAAGGAUAUCGCUUCAUUGAUUGCUCUGUGUGCGAUGCAGAGUCUGUGUGCCACGGGCAGGGUACAUGUACCUCGCCGGAAAGCGGAUGUGAAUGCAUUAGCGAGAAUUUUGCCGAUGCCAGUUGCUCCAGUUGCAAAAAGGGGUGGUACGGCCCAUCAUGCUUAUCGGACUGCAAAUGCAGUGGAAGAGGGGAAUGUGAUGAAAAUUCGGGGGAGUGCAAAUGUCGAGCGGAUACGCGGGUUGGCGGGGAGGGUUGUUUCACCGGGCCCAACUGUGAGUAUUGCUGUCCCAACUUCCACGGUGAAUUAUGCAACGAACGCAGUCAUUGGUGUGCCGAGGACGGGUUCCCCACUUUAGUAACUGCUCCCAGCGAGGGGUAUAUUGAGAUUAAUGGGUUUGGCAAGUACGCACCUGUGACGUUUUGUCGGUGGAUUGUUGAGGCGCCGCGUGGUUACCGCAUAAAGCUUGUGUAUGAGAAGUUCAACGUGGACAAGCCGUCGGACGCGCUCCAUGUGACCGAUUUGGGGCAUGAUGAAUCUGCACCUGUCCGUACAGACACAGGUGACACUGCCCAGGGAGCCGUGUUUCUAUCUCAUUCGAACGUUGUCCUCCUCCAUUUCACCUCAGGUUGGUCCCGGAGGCGGGAGGGAUUUAAAAUACGCUACAGCUUUGUUGAGCCUAACGAUCCCAGCUGCACGUUCAACUGCGUUGAGGGUGCCAGUUGCAGCGACUUGGGUGGUGGGUUCUGCAUGUGCCACGUUAACAACACGGGUUGGAUGUGCGAAAAUGCGCCAACGGAAGAAACCAAAGCGGAGUCCAUCACAGUUGAUUUGAAUAACCUUAACAAUGUCACCCGCUUCAAUGUCUCAGUUAAUGCUGAGAGCUCCAUACUUUUCACCAACGUCAACGGAUCAGCACCCCACCUUAAUGUACACAUGCACUUUGAGGAUGGGUUGCACCGUGUACCGAGCAAUGGGUUGGGGUUAGUGGUCAGACUUUUGCACAAAACUAGUGUGGAUACUGGUAACUACCGUAACGGUACCAUUAGGGGCGAUUCAAUCGUGUCUGUCCUUAGUGAAGAGAAGGUCGAAAUGGGGCCCACAUGCAGGUACUUGCGGAUGACCAUAGGCCGCUCACUACUUAUAGGGGAAUCCACAGCACAAGUAUUCAUGACUCUCGUUCACAAUGCCUCAUCGCAGAAUAAAGUGCAGGAUGUCCCCUCUUUUCGUCUGGCCGUUUAUCCCGAGCAGGGCAGGCCCGGCGCCCAAGUUCUUUUUAGCGAAUUUGCUGAUGAGUUGUCGAUGGUUGAGUCCAGCCACCGUCAGCAAUUCUUCCUCUAUUGCAGAAAGUUUAUGGCGUCGGGGAUCCCGCCAUUAGGAUUUGAAGGCGACGUGAACGAAACUGGUAUUGGGUUCCAAGACGUCGCCCGCACGAUCGGAAUUCUUUUCGUUGUUUCCAUACUUCUGAUUUCUCUGUUGGUAGUUGCUGCUGGCUUGGUGAUGUAUAAGUUACGCCGUAAUACUCCCGAUAGUUCCUUAGAAACGUCAGCCUCCGGGCAAGCAUUAAUGAGUGGCACGGGUUAUUCCGCCGCCGGUGAUACCGAAGUGAUUGUGGAAAAGGGAAAAGGGGCGCAAACGCACCAGCGGGGUUGUGAAGGGGUCAUGAGGUCGGAGAAUAGGGAAGGGAGUAGUGAAAACACUUAUAUCGGAAGGGAAGAAUAUAUUGAGAUGGAAAGACUACCAUGA